AUUCUCACACUCGAGAUUUACUAAUCAGUUUCCAUGUCUAGCUAGAUAAGAUUCAAGAUUUUUCUCUUCGAAUCGAGCCAAAUGCAGAAUUGCCGACCAGAAUCUUCGCACAUUGAUAAAACCCUCUAAAGCCAAGCAUUAAUUGAUGCAAACAAUGAAAUCAAAUGAACGCGAUAUGGAAAUUCUCACGAACGACACUGAUGUCGUCGGUUAUUUGUUUAACCUUAAGGUUCAUGUUAAUCGUUGAUAGGAGGACCCCUUUGUGCAAUUAGAAGAGAUUGGCUGGUUCGCAGUAUAAACGAAUUCUGUUUUUGAUAAUGAUGAAAUGAAACAAAUUGCUUGAUUGCUGGUAGAAGGCCGCAAAUCUCCAUCAAAUCAACGUGCAAAUAUUGAAACAGUGUAUGUGUUAGACAAAUUUACAUUUAGCAUCGAUUAGUAGCAGCAGAUUUGAAAUUCCACCGAACGCUUCGUGGAUUUCCAAGGUGACAAUUAGAGAGUGAUCGAUAUUCAAGUAUUCGAUGGUGUGACGAUCGAGACGGAGCAUCUGAACGGCGAAGGCACCGCAAUGGAGCCUACGGAAUUGGAGCAGCACGAAGAGGAGCCGAUUCUUCAGCUGGAGUUUCUCGACGAAGUCCAUCACUCCUCCAUGUUGAAGUCGCUGAACAUGAUGCGAAAAAAUCGUCACUUCUGUGACGUCAUCCUUCACGUGGGAAACACGGAGAUUCAUGCCCAUCGAGCGGUAUUGGCUAGCGCCUCUUCCUUCCUCUUUGAACUGUUCACCAAUGAUCAAGACCAGAACCAGAAGAGGCUGGAGAAUGUGAUCACUUACAAGCUGAAUGGGGGUUUUGAUCAAAAUGCCCUGGAAAUUCUCACCGAUUAUGCCUACACAGCCAAGCUGAUAGUUAAAUACACUCAGGUGAAAGCGGUCUUUUUAGCCGCAAAGCGCCUAAAGAUGGAACGAGUGGUGAAAAUUUGCGGCAAUCACCUGAUUAAGCAUAUCACUGUGGAUAACUGCAUUGAAGUCCGGUCCUUGCCAGGAAUUGCCAGGAACAAGGACUUCAUCCAGCAAAUCGACACCUUUAUAACCCAAAACUUUGCAGAAAUCGUGAAAAGCAACAAUCUGCUGACGUUGUACUGUGCUAAAAUCGAGGUGCUGAACCAGUCAAAGGAGGAAAUGUCGUUUGUGAAUCAGAGCGCGUUGUGUCGACUGGUGCUGGAAUGGAUCAGAAGACAGAUCAACGAACAAUCGCUCAACAAAGACACUCUUUCUGAGAAAACCUUCAUGCUGUAUUUAGCAAUUGAUAACUCGCUGCAGGACUGCAUGAGUUUACCAUCUGGCGAUGUGAGCGACACCGAAAUCGUUCAGGAUUAUAAGAAGAUGUCGCUGAAGAACACAUCCAAGAUCAAAAUCAAGCCGCUUGGCCAACCGUCCAAGCCAAGAAUUUUGAUCUACAAUCGGGAAAUAGGCGAAGAACUGGAAAACGAAAUCGAGCCCGAUUGGAAUCUCAUUGCGGCCGAAAGCGUUGGCGAGCACAGCUUUCUGGCUCUGGUCACGCUGGCUGGAAAACUCGCCACUCUUUCCAUUCAACUAAGACUGAAUCCCCCACAAACGCCCUCGCCGACUCUCACUCCGGAUGCCAGCCGAUGUCAGAGCGAGGAGAAGCCCGAUCUUUAUUGCGCCCUUACCAAUAUGUCUUCGCAAAGAUGCGCCCAUGGUUGUGCAGCUUUUAACAACACUUUCAUAGUUUGCGGUGGAUACGAUCGGGUCGAAUGCCUGCGUUCAGUCGAACAAUACAUCCCUGAGGCAAAUGUCUGGAAAGCGUUGCCGCAGAUGCGGGAAAGUCGAGGACGAUUCAAGAUCGUCGUUGUGAAUAAGAAGGUAUACGCAAUUGGCGGAAGUAACGGCAGCACUGAGCUCGAUUCGGUGGAAAUGCUCGAGAUGGAGAACAUUGGAAAAUGGGCCAAAGUUCCUGCCAUGCCCAUUGCCAGGAGCAACAUGGGCGUGACUGCGCUGAAUGGUCUGAUUUACUGUGUGGGAGGCUGGAAUGGACAAGUUGGGUUGAAACAGUGCGACAUUUUCAAUCCGGACACGCAAAAAUGGAGCACAAUCGCCCCCCUUAAUACCGGUCGGUAUCAAGCUGGCGUGACAGUGUUCAAAAAUUUGGUGUACGCAAUCGGAGGCUGCGACUCCUGGAACUGUCUGGCAUCAGUGGAAAUCUACAACCAUGAAGAUGACACGUGGAAAGUGUCGAAACCCAUCAAUACAGCCCGUCGAGGUUGCGGCGUCGCCGUUUUCAACGACAAACUGUACGUGGUGGGGGGCUCUGAUGGCAGUCACUCAUUGAAUACGGUCGAAACGUUCGACGAAGAAGCCCAAACCUGGUCGGUUGGACCGAGCAUGACCACCGCACGAGCCAAUGUUGAAGUCACUGUUGUUGGUGGCCGAUUAUAUGCAGUUGGCGGUUUCUCCGGCAAAACCUUUUUAAAUACGAUUGAGUAUCUGGACCCGAAAUCGAACGAGUGGACCACGUUCAUCCCAAAAGGCACAUGUGAUGCGAUCGCCAGGCGAAAGCCCAGAAGCCGGAGAAAUUCGCGAAAAAGUGUGUCGGAAGAUACGCAGAAAUCCAGCUUGUUGCCUUCUCCGUCAGAGAUCUUCAGAAGUCUGAUCAACGGCACUGAGAAGAAGGAAAACGGCCAUUCGUAAUAGCUACCAGGUACCACGUAAGUAAUCUUGUAUAAACCUAAAAGUAUUAAUUAAGUAAGGGAAUAUUUUUACUAAAUCGGUGUACUACUGCGCUGUUUAUCCAUUUAUAUAGUUUAUGAUAAGGAUGUUAGUGGUUUGCACCAAUUUCUCCAUAUGUAAGUAAUAUACAGAGGGAAAGACAAUACGAUUACGUUUUGUAUAUCAGGCACCAUCGACUGCAAUAGCUGGAAAGUUCAACUAUUUUUGGAAAAAAGUCAUAUUUUGCUAGGACAAUUCAACUACCGAGAUUUUGUAUGUUAGGCGCCUUUCUAGCAAUUUGUACCGCCUUAUAGAUAAGAUUUAUUAGCAAUAUUCUUUAUGGAAUUACGAAAUUGCAAUUUCGUUUGCACGAAAGUUAAAAUGUCGCGCUUUUCCAGCCAAAAAGAAUAUUGUUUUUAAAUCUAGCAUCAUAUUAUUUCCUAAGAAAAAGGUCAUCGACCACAUUGAUCUUUCUGCCCAAAUGUAUUUACAACUAAAUUUUUAAAAACUAAACUAUCAUUAAGAUUGUAUAAACUAAACUAUGAUAAUACUACACUUAUUGGGUUACGUGUGGGUUCAUAGCGGGUUCUUUUUUCAUUUGGUUUUAGUCUGUCUGUUAUUUUUAACAAGCACGUGCGUUCGUACAGUAAUUCUUUUUGGAUUGAUUGUGUAGUGGGUUUUCCGGCAGUUUUGGCGCAAUUUGUUCGGUUGUUUGCAUGUGUUCUUUCAGGUUUCUGUCCGGGAAUUUUAUUAAGUUUGUGGUGACUUGUGAUUCCUAGGUAUAUAGUAUCGCAAUGAAGUAUAUUACCUUACCAACUAAGCAAUGCACUCUUUCCUAUCAUAUUACAUAGGUUAUUUUGUGUAAUUAGGGGCUCAACUUUAGCGAUAAAUCUCAAGUGUAAGGGCGCAUCGGAAUCGGAAUUUGCCCUCUUUUAGUUUGGGACACUUCGGCGCUCUUUGCAUAUAAUUUUCCAUUUUUUAUACCUGAAUACUCUCGAUUUUGCGGAUCUUCAGCAGGAAACCAUCCUUCAGUCUUUCAAAAAGACGUUCACUCAGUAUGGUGGGUUCACUGUUGUGAAACGCUGCAUUUCGAAUGUUUAGACGUUGGAUGCUUUCCUGCACCUGAUUGAUUGAUUAAGGAUUUUAUAUCAUUUACUAUGUUUGUUUGAAAUUUCAAUAAAUCGUUUCAAAAUGUU